CAGAGCCGCAGGGAGGCCAGCGCUGCCAGGGAAGGACAGGCAGCCCCAGGACAGCAGGACUGAGGGACAAAAGAUUUGUCAUGGACUACACGCUGGAGACCAGCCAGCUGAAGCAGAAGCUUCUGAAAAGCAUCUACAACCUCCAGCUGAAGUCAUUUACCACACUGCAGUCAGCCAGCCCGCUGCUGCACAGCCAGCGUGGCAUGGGCAUGGUGGCGCAGCACCAGGUCCACCAGCUGGCAGAUAAGGCCAAAAGCCUGUGUGAAGAUCUGGACAACAUCAAGAACCUCCUCCACUACUGCCAGGAUGACUUGGUCCGGCAGAUCCCCAACCCCACCGGCAGCCACUACGGGGGUGUCAGUGGGAUCCAUUGCUCCCUGGAUGGCUCCAUCUACGUGACAGCUGAGAGUGCUCCCUGGGUCCACGUGCUCAGCAGCACAGGCCACACACUGCAGUCCCUGCCCUGCCAGCAAACGGGCAAGGGAGGCAGCAUUUUCUUGCCCGAAGAUGUGACUGUGACUAGGAUGGGAAUGGUGGCUGUAGCUGACAUGGUGAAUGAAGCCAUCUGGGUCUUCAACCCUCACACCAGCCUCUCCAAGGGGGAAUGGAUAAAGAUCGGGAAGGUUGGUUCCCCCAGGGGUAUUGGAGUAGACUCCAUGGGCAAGAUCCUGGUAGCAGACUAUGCACAAGGCCAAGUGCACAGCUUUGCUCUGGACCAUGCCUUCAGGACUCUCAAUGCCCACACUGUAUCGAAUCUGCAGGGACCUCGCUACGUCAGCCCAGUGCCCAGUGGAGGCUUUGUGGUGAGCGAGGAGUGUGGAGACGUCAAGGUGUUCAUGAGCAGCUGUAAGCUCCUCUGCUCCCUCAGCAGCAAAUAUGGACACCAGUUUGGCAACCCUGCUGGGGUCUGCGUGGACAUGGAUGGCAGCAUCCUGGUGGCAGACGAGCAGCGCCGUACAGUCCACUUGUUCCCAGAGCAUGGAGCUCCCAUCUGCCUGGUGUCCACAGGGCUGCGGAGGCCCGCUGGCAUGGCUUGCUCCUCCUCUGGGCACCUCUUUGUGGCAGACACGGGGGAGAACUGUGUCAAAGUCUUUAAGUACUGUGUGAGGCCCCCGUACAGACCCACCAAGGCUGGGGCAUCAUGCGCUGACCCCAACCAAACACACAGGUGGAGAGGAGGGGUGGUUCCCCUGCAGCCCCGCUGAGCUGUGCAUCUGUUGGUGCUCAUGGAAUCAUGGAAUGGUUUGGGUUGGGAGGGACUGUCAAGAUCAUUUCAUGACAGGGACACCCUCCACUAUCCCAGGUUGCUUCAAGCCCUGUCCAACCUGGUCUUGGACAUUGCCCCAGACCUGACUGCCUGAUGGCCCUCAGAUUCUCCAGGACUAGACCAGCUCCAGAUCCACAAGAGUGUGUAAAGGAUGACCCAGCUACUCAGCAUUGGCCUUGCA